CACGCUUCUUGUUUUAGAGAGAGAGAGAGAGAAUGAGUUUGGGUAGAACAUCGCCGGACCUCCCAUGGAAGACCAGACUGUUUAUAGCCACGUACUGCUUCGGCGUCGACGUCUGUCGCCGCUCCAACGGCACCCUCAACCGCGGUCUCAUGAACAUGUUCGACCCAAAAUUUCCUCCAUCCAAAACCUCCUCCGACCACACCAUCGACCCCUCCCGCAACCUCUGGUUCCGCCUCUUCCUCCCCUCCGCCACCAUCUCUGAAACCGCCAAACUCCCUCUCAUCGUCUACUUCCACGGCGGCGGAUUCGCCUUCAGCGCCGCCAACUCCAAGCCCUACAACGACUUCUGCAUCCGCCUGGCCGACGAAAUCCCCGCCGUCGUCGUCUCCAUCAACUACCGUCUCUCUCCCGAGCACCGUUUCCCCACUCAAUACGACGACUGCUUCGAAGCCUUGAAAUUCAUCGACAGCGACGCCGUCGUUUUGCCGCCGCAGGCCGAUCGGAGCCGGUGCUUCCUCGCCGGAGACAGCGCCGGAGGAAACAUUGCGCACCACGUGAUGGUCAGAUCAGCAGACGAAGUGUUGGAGAAAAUGAAACUCGCCGGAUUGAUAAUGAUUCAGCCGUUCUUCGGCGGCGAAGAGCGCACGGAAUCGGAGCUCCGGCUGACGAAGAUGCCGCUGGUGAAUCUGGAGCGUACGGACUGGAUGUGGAAGGUGUUUCUGCCGGAAGGAUCGGACCGGGACCACGAGGCGGCGAACGUGUUCGGCGGUGGAUCGAAAUCCGUUGAUUUGUCGGCAAUGAAUUUUCCGGCGACGAUGGUGUUCGUGGGAGGUUUUGAUCCGUUACAGGACCGGCAAAGAAUGUACUACGAGGGGUUGAAAAAGAGUGGAAAAGAAGUGAAGUUGGUGGAAUACCCGAAUGCGAUCCAUGGGUUUUAUGCACUUCCGGAAUUGCCCGAUUCUGCCUUGUUGAUUAAGGAGGUGAGAGAUUUUAUUCAAAAAUAGCCUAUCACAAUCGGAAUCAAGUUUUUUUUGAGAAAGUUUACAAUACCAAAUAAUAGUGACGGGUAUUGCACGCUUUUAUGAAUUUUUUUUUUUUUUUUUUUUUUUUUUUUUUAUGAGUUUUUGUUUUAAAGGACAACUUAUAUAUGUCAUAAUUCAUAUGUGCUUUGUAUAAGCUUUGAUUAUAAAUUAUAAGGUAAUUUUUUUUUUUCAUCUACAAAUCUGUCAUUCUAUUUUGAUUUUUAACAAUGUAAUGUAUAGCUCAUUUG